CAACUUUCUCAUCUCUUCUGGCAAACCAUGAACUCUUGGAAAUUGCCAGGCGUUAAAAAAAACAAAGAAUCGGCUACUCCACAGCCACCUGUUCGACCUCCACCAUCUCAUGCUCCAGCUGCUUCUUCUGUGUCAUCACAGCCAGCUGAGCCAAAGUCAGGUGUUUUGCUGAUUCGUGUGUGCGAGGCCCAAGGCAUCUCUCUUCCAUCUGGUGUCCAAUUGCCUCCAAUCCCUCAUCAACCCCAGACCUCUCGUAACCGUGAUUCAUUGUCCCGCAGACAGAACUGGUGGUUGCCUUAUGUUGUACUUGAGUUUGAUAAGAACGAAGUAUUGAUCGAUGCUCUUGGAGGAGAUACCGCUCAUCCAGUUUACCAGUACCGUGCUCAUUUUGAUGUAUCUCGUAGCUCAGAAGUUUCGAUUUCAAUUUAUUUGAGACACCCUCCCACUGCUCAAGGAGUCUCUACUCACCCGACAAACGACUAUUUCCUCGGUGCGGUCAAGAUGACACCAAACUUCAAUUCUACAAAGUUUGAUGAUCAGGUUUUGACUAUUGUCGGUGGUACUGGUGCAAUGCAUGUUCAACUAUGCUACACUCCUCAACAGCAAAAUCAACCGAUUGCAUUUGAUGCCUUUGAUCUUUUGCGUGUGAUUGGAAGAGGAAGUUUUGGAAAGGUUUAUGUGGUGAGAAAAAAGGACACAAACCGUAUCUAUGCCAUGAAGGUUUUGCGUAAAUCCAGAAUUAUCUCUAGAUCUGAAGUGACCCACACAAUGGCAGAAAAGACCGUGCUUGCCAAGAUCAGAAAUCCGUUUAUUGUGCCUUUAAAGUUUGCUUUCCAGAGCCCUGAUAAACUUUAUCUUGUGCUGGCAUUUAUCAAUGGCGGAGAGUUAUUCCACCACCUUCAGGUAGAAGGCAAAUUUGAUGAAGAACGUUCUCGAUUCUACACUGCAGAGUUGCUAUGUGCACUCGAAUGUUUGCACGACUAUAAUGUGAUUUAUCGUGAUCUGAAGCCCGAGAAUAUCCUGAUUGAUUACAACGGUCAUAUUGCCUUGUGUGAUUUUGGCUUGUGUAAGUUGAACAUGAAGGAGAAUGACCGGACCAACACGUUUUGCGGAACACCCGAAUACCUUGCACCAGAGCUAUUGUUGGGACAGGGCUACACAAAGACCGUUGACUGGUGGACCCUGGGUGUGCUUUUGUACGAGAUGAUGACAGGUCUGCCGCCAUUCUAUGAUGAGAACACAAAUGAGAUGUAUCGCAAGAUUCUUCAAGAUGAGCUUCGAUUCCCGGAUGAGAUGUCUGAAGACUCCAAGGGAUUGUUGCGAGGUCUUCUUACUCGGGAUCCUAAUGAACGUCUUGGUAACAAUGGACCUGAAGAUAUCAAGAAUCACCCCUUCUUUGCUCGAAUUGACUGGCAAAAGUUGAUGCAGAAAAAGGUGCAGCCUCCCUUUAAGCCUUCGGUUGAUGGAUCAAACGAUACUUCAAACUUUGACGAAGAGUUUACUUCAGAGGCACCACAGGAGUCUGUGGUAGAUGAGUCUCAGAUUUCCAAGACAAUGCAGGAGCAGUUUGCAGGGUUCACCUAUAAUCCUGCCAACGAUGGUGUGAUGAGUGAGAGCUACACACAAGCUGCCGGCAGUCAUCACCAUGCGAGUGGUCCAAGAUGGUAGUCUUUAUUUUAUUCUUUAUCAUAUUUUAUCAUAUUUUAUUUUAUUUUAUUAUUACUUCUUGUCUUUCUUUCUCUCUCUCUCUCUCGUAUCGUAUCCGUAUCGUAUCGUAUUUUUUUCUUCUUCUAUUCUCCUUUCCCUUUCACACGCACACGCACACGCAUACGCACGCACGCACGCACAAACACACACAAACACCCUCUCUCUCUCUUUCUCUUUAGUUCUCUAUAUAUAUUUUUGUACACAAAUGAAACCAAAGCAUAUAUAUACAAAACAUGAUCUGCUCUUUCAAUCAAUCAAUCAAUCAAUCAAUCAAUCAAUCGAUCGAUCUU